AUGCCAUUCUCACAUCACAGUCAUUCGGGCCAAGUCUGCCCCGGUCAUGCUCAAAAUUCCUUGGAAGAUGUGGUCCGAACUGCCUUCAUCUUCUGCUUGACUGAGCAUAUGCCCCGCGACAAAGAAGUUUUCUAUCCUAAAGAAGUUGAAUUCGGCGAUACAGAGGCCAGCCACGAAACAAAUGAAAUCAAAAUUAUCAUCGGGUUCAAGAUUUAUUGGAUUCGUCCUGCCUCAAAAGACCUUAUCGGCUCAAUCCACCACAUGCACACUAUGCCUAUCGACUAUGACCGGCCUAUGUAUGAGCAGGCCCGAGGGCUAGCUAGAGGUACUAACGAGCGUCUAUUCAAGGACUAUUUUGAUGCUUAG